ACAGUGUAAGUAUCGGAUAGGAUCUUAAUCAAGUGAAGAAUUUGUUUUCUUUAGAGAUAUCUUUCAGCUUCUGAGAUUUAACAGUCCGUGAAGUUGGGCCACUGAAUUUAAAGCCGAGUUUGAUUGGAUUAAUUUACAGGUAUGACUUACCUGCUAUCAGAUUUACCUGACAUCCUUUUAUAUCGCCAAGACUUCUAAAGGAGAUUACACGAUCGGCUGAUUUACCACAACAAACUUCGUAUUGCACCUAAAGCAUGCGAAACUGAGAAAGUGCUAGUGUUGUAUACGAUGUUACAAAUUAUGAAACAAGUGGUUUGUUCCUUAAUUCUGGUGACUGUGGUGGGUGUAAAUGCCAGACAAGGAUACGAUGUCGAAGAAAUAAUGCCAAAUCGUACACACGACCACUUUGAGCUGAAGUGGGGACCGCAUCAACCGUUCAUUCUAAUGAUGUAUCAACAGACUACGUUCAGUGUAGAAUAUACCUUGUAUUGUAAUCAUAGCAGCGAAAAAUACCGACUGGGAGUAUUUAGUAAAGGAAAAAAGGUAUUCACCGUCAGACAAACAGACAGCACGAUCAUUUCCUGUGGAAAUGCCACUGAAAUUUUGGUAAAUGUUACUGACGGACCAAACGUUUUACCUAUGGGCAAGGAUGCAUCUACAGUCUCCCAGCCUUAUCACGUGAUUCAUCGCAUGGGCAUUAGAGGAAACUUAACCUUUAACCUUUACGGCGAACUCAUAGGACGGACAUUUCUGGCCUUUGAACUCCGUAAAUUAGGAAACAUGCAAAACAACCUAUCUGUUGAAGACUAUAGCACUUAUCAUGUUGUUGUCUUUAGAAAAAUGGGAGUGCUCGAUACGAUUUUCCGUGUUGUUAUUUACAUUUUCCUUGUUUUCGUAACUUUGGCCUUUGGAUGUAAACUUGACCUUGGAGUUGUAAAGGAGAACUUGCGCCGCCCUGUUGCCCCAGCGAUCGGAAUCAGUUGUCAGUAUAUCCUAAUGCCAUUGAUUGCAUUUGGCAUAGCAAAGCUGGUGAUUCCAGAGGACCAUGCCGUGGGUCUGGGGAUUUUCAUUUCCGGUACAUGUCCAGGAGGCGGGGUUAGCAACAUAUACUCUCAUUUACUGGAUGGAGACCUGUCACUCUCAAUCACCAUGACGACCAUCAGCACAAUUGCAGCCUUAGCAAUGAUGCCGCUAUGGAUCUACACACUUGGUCAAGUUUUUAUCAAUGAACUGAGCACUGACACGGAGAUGAACAUCCCGUUCCUGAACAUUUUCACGACCCUGGUGAUCCUGGUGGUGCCGUUACUGGUAGGGGUCGCCAUUAAGUACAAAUUACCACGUCUAACGAAGAUUCUGAUGAAGAUCAUCACCCCCGUCACUAUCAUCGCCAUCGUCGUCCUACUGUCAGUCGGCAUCUACACAAACUUGUUUAUUUUUAAGUUCUUCGAGCCUAAAGUCAUACUCGCUGGUGCUUUACUGCCAUAUUGUGGUUAUGUGCUGUCAGGAAUCAUUUCUCUGAUUCUGCGUCAGUCGUGGACCAAGGUUAAAACAAUCAUUAUAGAGACCGGGAUUCAGAAUCAGGGAAUCGCCAUAUUACUUAUGUUCACGGCCUCCCCGCCACCCGAUGGGGAAAUUGCGGCCGUGGCCCCCAUAGCUUCUGGGGUAAUGACGCCCUUACCUCUCUUCUUGUUGACCAUUAUCUAUCUUAUCUACAAGCGGUGUAACAGGGAUAAGUAUGCAAAUAUGCCCAAGGAGGACGUGUCGAAAAGGGGCGAUAUAUCACUGGCUGUGAAUGGCGAUAAAACUGUUGUCAAUGGCAAAAUGGAAGAGAAACCUCUGCGAGAAGAAGAGGACGAUUAAUUUGUCUGGAUCGUACCUUGUUUGAAAAAAAUAAGCAAUUCAGUCAGUUCAGUAUUCUGAUUUUCAGCAUUUAAGAUAUGUUUCACUUUUUAUUUGGGUUCAAAUGGCAUCACGCAUAAUAUCUCUUCAGAUGGGAUAAUAUCUAAAGUUAACUGAUGUAUGUAUAUUGUUGCACCAUAUAGAGAUUAAUUUAGACAGUUAAAA